AUGAACGAAAAUACUCCAUUAUUAAAUAAUAAUAGUAGUAGCAAUAGUUCCUCCAAUGCCAACAAUUACAAUACUGACUCGGAGCAACUACAACAAUUGCAACAAGAUAGACAUAAAAGAGGUGUAUUUAUGAAACCAAAAAGUUUAUCGUUUACAAAUACACCUAAAAGGAAUAAAAAAAAGAAAACCAAUAGUAUAAGUAAAAUGCCAAAUUUAAUACCACCAGUUCAUGUGGGUACAGGUGGUGGUGAUAAUAAUGAAUAUGAUGAAGCUUGGGUGCAAAAGCAGAAAGAAUUCAUCGAACAAGCUGGAAUAAAACCAAGCUUGAAAAAAAGAAUAAAGUUUGAAAUGGAUACUUCAAAAAAAGGAAGAUAUUGGGAAUUAUUUGAUGCUAUCAUGACAACAAUAUUUAUUCUUUUAUAUAUUUGGAACACUCAAUAUGUAAAAAUCGAUCAACAUCCAAUACCAUAUCCUCGAAUUUAUCAAAAUGCAGAUUGCAUUAUUGCUUGUAUUAUUUUGGUUCAAUAUCUUCCUCAUAUAUGGCUUUCAGACGAACCUUUACAAAGUUUUUUCAAAGUUUUUUCAAUACUUACUUGGCUAUCAGUGUUCCCGGUGAUUGCAGCCUCUAUUCUAACAAUAUUUGAUGAUGACAUUGAUAAUACUUAUAUGGGAGCUGGAAUUUUGUUCGUUAUUAAACCUAAAUAA